GCGACACCUCCGACCCAGAACACCAUAUCUGCUCAAACAACCAUCCAUCGCAACAUAGUUAUCUCACUUGGAUAGUGUUUCAAUAUGGCGGACCCUUCAUCGUCUGUGUCGCCCCAGCUCCUGCACCAUCUGCACGCGUUAUGUAUAAUGAAAUAUUCUCAGCACCAAACAGUACAGCCUGAACUCCUGGUCGACUUGCUUUUGAAGACUCCCCAAGUCGCUCAGCAGCAUCCCUUUACCUGGACGAUGAUCGACCCGCCACAGCCAGGCACCCUUAUGCUUUCAUGGAACCCACCCCAGAUGGUCGGCGUCUGCGCUUCCGACGGUUAUGUGUGGGCGGAUGCUGAGGUAGCUCAUAUUGUUGAAGUGAAAGGAUAUCAAAUUGAGAUCCACUACCACAAAGCCGGUUACAACCCGAGCGCACCCAACCAGUCGCACGCCGUAUUUUCUCGGCGCAGAUACCGCCUAAAACCGGGCCAUCCAUCGACUCCCCCAGAAAACGCGAACCUCUGGUUCCUACACUACAUCCAAGCAGAGCGUCAAAAUCACGUCCCCAUCAACACGCUUCACGGCACGAAACUACAUCACCCAACUUUUCCAAACGGGCCAACUCCCGCGAAAGGAGCGACGAUGCAAAUCCAAACCCCUCAACACAAUCGACAAAUCUCCCCAAUGAACACCCGCGCGACCCCGCAGCCUCCGCAAUCAGCUCAGCAGGUAUACUACACACCCGUACGCGCUAAUGCCAAACCCCCCGGUGGUGCCCCUCCAUCAGCAAAGCGAUUGAAGCCUACUCCCCCCGGCGGUCACAACCCUGCCGCAGCGGCAGCCCAGGCGGCAGCGCUAGGCGUUGACCCCUCGAUGACAAUCGAUGAGGAGGAGGACACGUCACGCGGCGACAUGCUUGACCACCUCACCCCGCGCGAGAUUGCAACGACCCGGUACAUACAACAUCAUGAGUGGAUGGAGGAAAUUAUGGGCUCGCCAUACGCAAUCGACAGGAUCGAACCCAUUGAUCUGGGCCUUGGAUUGCGCGGCGAACUAGAGAUCGUGACAAAAGGUCUCUCACACGGGAAGCAUGGAAACGGAACGGAUGCGGCCAAGGAGAAGGAAAGCUCCCAGGCGGAAAUCCUGGAAGAGCUCCGCCCCCGCGUCGAGGCCAAGAUCAGGGAGAUGGAAGCGGAAAUGCUCAGAAUGCAAGAUGCCCACGCGAAGCGCCUUCAGAAGAUCAAGCAAAACGGCGUGACCAAAGAUGCCGAACUAAAACUCCGAAUCGGCCUUGGCCUCACCCCCCAGCAUCAACAAGCCGAGAUUGAGAGCCACCAAGUAUACACCCCCAACAACGAAAUGGAAGACUGCCAUUCCGAGCCUACCGCGGCCGCAACCACAAUCAAAGACCUUUCAGCUGUAGAAGAAAUAGUCCGUGACGUGGAACGCGCCCUUGGGAAAAAAGUGGUCGAGAAGAAAAUGCUAGCAAAGCACGAGCUGCCUAUCGAAGAGAUUAUCAAGAUGGGCGGGAUAGUAGCUGAGGGUGACGGCCAACCAAACCUGGACACAAUCAUGAUGGAAGAUCAGGGCGGCAACAGCCGCAACGGUGAAAUUCAACAAGAUGGCGAUGCGGGAACAGUAAACCUUAACGGAUCCACAACUGUCGACUACGAAUUCAACCUCGCAAUGGUCAACUUGCCGGAUGAGAAUGGCACCGAUUCUUCGCGUCAGUCGGAGAUGGGGUUUCCGCAUGUGCUUGAUGGCGCUGCGGAAUUUCCUCCUCCUCCACUGCCACAGGAGACAACAACGGGGGCGCAGGAGGAGGAGGAUACGAUUAUGAAUGACUUUACGAACGUUGAUCAGGAUUCGAAGCCAGACACGCCCAAUGUGGAGGGAGGGGGGAAGGAGAAGGACCCUGAAAACACCGCUACUUUUACCACUGCCCCUGCUCCCACUGUUACAACUACACCAGCUAUCACCUCACCUCCAGGCACAGAUCAGCAGCAACAGAAGGCCAGCGGGGAUUCACUGCCGGCCGCAGCAGCAUUCAUGUUCUCCCCGCCGACGGAAAAAGUCGCCGAACCCACCACCACCACCGCCGCCACCGCCAAUACUUCCGCCAGUGGUGGAGGCGGAGGUCCAAGUGCGGGGAUUCCAGGACUGGGAAUGGGAAUGCCAGACGGGAAGUAGCUAUGCUGGGAGGCAGAAGGACCUUGUAACAUACAGAGCAUUCUCUCGCUUGUGUUGUUUCUUGUUUUUUUCCCUUUCCUCUUUCCCCUUCCCCUCCUUUGUCUCUUCCUUCCCUUUUGUACGGUACGGUACCCGGGUCUUUUUUUUAUUAUUAAUGAGAUUCUCAAAAUACCACCCUCCCUGGGAAAAUAAAAUAAAAUGAUGAUUGUCAUGGACUA